CAUACUUUACCUCCCGCCACUCGUAACAGACCAACCAAUUCACAAUUCCCAACAUCACAAACCUAUCUGCAAAAUCUUCAUCCACACCUCUAUAUCAGUAAUCUAUACAUACAUAACCACUCAAAUUCAGGAUGGGUAUGGUUCUCGGAAAGAUCUGUGUCGAAACCCCGAAAUUCGAAGUCAUUCAAUCAACAAACGAGUAUGAGAUCCGAAAAUACUCACCUUCUGUUAUUGCCGAAGUCACCUACGAUCCAUCCCAAUUCAAAGGCAACAAAGACGCUGGUUUCACCAUAUUAGCCAAUUACAUCGGUGCUCUGGGCAAUCCCCAGAACACCAAGCCAGAAAAGAUCGCCAUGACGGCUCCGGUGAUAACCAAAUCGUCGGAGAAGAUUGCGAUGACAGCUCCGGUGGUGACCAAGAGCGGAGGAGAGGGGGAGAAGAAGAUGGUGUCCAUGCAGUUUAUACUGCCUGAGAAGUACAAGAAGGCAGAGGAGGCGCCAAAGCCGGUGGAUGAGAGGGUGGUGAUAAGGGAGGAGGGGGAGAGGAAGUUUGGGGUGGUGAAGUUUAGUGGGUCGGCGACGGAGGAGGUGGUUAAAGGGACGGUGGAGAAGAUGAAGGAGAGCUUGGGGAGAGAUGGGUAUAAGGUGAUUGGGGAGUUCUUGUUGGCAAGGUACAACCCUCCUUGGACUUUGCCUCCUUUUAGGACUAAUGAGGUCAUGAUACCUAUUGAAUGAAUUUUGAGAAGGGAUAACAUAUAAGUGAGUUGUAUUUGUAUCUCUGUUAUUGUUGUUAGACUGAUAAAUAAGACAUGUUUGUUUUUGUUA